AUGUCACCGCGCGAAGACUUGGUCUCCUCGGCCGUAGUGUUCCUGCAGGACCCGUCCGUCGCUUCAGCUCCCGUCGAGAAGCGAAUCGAAUUCCUCAAAUCCAAGAAUCUCACACAAGAAGAGAUCGAUCUCUCCUUGGCCCGAGCAGCAGGGGAUGCGGGCCAGCAGGUUCCAUCCCCGCAAAAUGCAUCCUACUAUCCUCCUGCUCGAGGGCCUCCAGGCCCGCGCUAUUCAUACCCAUACAACCCCUACGGAGAAUGGCAGCAACCUCCGCCGCCGGAACCGCCUCGACGGGAUUGGCGAGACUGGUUCAUUAUGGCGACUGUAGUUGGAGGAGCCAGCUACGGAUUGUACACCCUGGCCCAGAGAUACAUCAAACCGCUAAUAGCGCCGCCAACACCACCACAGCUGGAACAAGAUAAAGCCGCGAUCGACGAGCAGUUCAACAAAGCGUUCGCCUUGCUGGACACGCUGUCCUCGGAUACCACUGCUCUGAAAGAAGCCGAAGAAGCCCGCACCCAGCGCCUCGACAACGCAAUCACCGACAUUGAAACCAUUGUCGCGGAAUUGAAAGCCGCCAAUAUGCGCCGUGAAGACGACGCCCGCAGAAUGGAAACGGAGAUAAGAACCAUGAAGGACAGCCUCCCUCGAUCCAUUGACAGUGUCAGAGAGGCAAGCGAAAGACAGCUCAAAGAGCUGAGCACUGAAUUGGGCAGUUUAAAAGCGCUUAUGGGUAAUCGUCUCGGAAGCACCUCUUUUAGUCCUGCAGGACAGGGAAUUCCGAGGACUCAGCCAGGUACUUUCCCAGGAUCGGGUGCGUCAGCUUCAACAAGCGCAGCCGCGACACCGAGUACGGAGAAUGCCACAGGAAGCAGUGCUGCCAACCCGUCCAGACCGACGCCGAGCUACACCACCUCAGCAUCAGCAGUCCCUACGUCUUCUUCAGUGUCCACUUCCAGACCAACAUCAACCACUUCAUUCAGCGCCUCAAGCAACAAAGCAGCCAUUCCGGCAUGGCAGAUGGCAGCCGCAAACAAGGCCAAGGAUAUCAACGGGCCCAGUCCUGCAGCUGCGAGCCAUAACUCCAAUGUUCCGGUCACGAAUGGGGCUUCUCAGCAGGCGGAUGGUGCUGAAGCUGUCGCAGCACUUAAUGCGAGCUAG